AUGACAGAAGUUUAAGAACUCUUUUCUUUUAGUAAUCAUUAAGAUUUUACAAUAAGGUUUCUUAUAUGGAUAUGAUUCUAGGCCAGAAUGAUCUAAGGAACUCAUAUCUCCCCAAAUCAAUGAAACAAACAUUCCAAUACUUAUUUGGGUCUAUUUCAAAAUAAGUAUUUAGUGAUCCAUUUUCUCUUUGA